AUGGGGAAGCAGCAAGUUGAAAAAAAAUUCGUCUGGAUAAUAAAGAAUCUCCCCGUUUUGAAACCUAAGCAGACUCAUUCUGAUCCAUUUCUCAUUGCUGGCAGUAGAUGGCGUCUUCUUGCCAUACCCAAUGGAACCAACUUUGAGUUCUCGUAUCAGUAUAUGGGCGUCGCUGAUUGUUCUCAGUCAUUGACUUCUACAUGGAGAAGACAUGUAAAAGUUCGCUUAACUAUAGUAAAUGGGAUUUAUCAAAAACGCUCAAGUGUGAGAGUUUCAGACCUCUACUUUGAUGAUGAGAAACCUCCCACUUGUCCUUAUCCAAUAGUACCACCACCCCCUUUCAACCUUCUUGCACGAGAUGCCGGGUUUCUUGUUUCCGGACAAGUAACAAUUUUAAUUGAGGUUGUUGCUCUUAAAACCAUGGGCACAUCACCAGGUGAAUCAGAUAAGGAUGGUGCAAUGUCUUAUAAUCUACUCAACAAGACUCAAGAACUGAAAGAAAGCAUUGAUGUCAAUGGGUUUCAAAUUCUUCCUUCACAAGUAGAAUCUGUGAAACGUAUAUUUGAAAGAUACCCUGACAUUGCAUCACAAGUCCGUUUAAAGAAACGAUCUUUGAGGACAACAUACAUGAAUGUACUCCUAGGAAUCGUUGAAACGCUGUGCCAAUUGCCUGCGGAGAUCUCUGAUGAUGAUCUGGAUGAAGCAUCCGCUGCAGUGUCUGACGUGGCACAAGGUGGCUUUAAAGUUGAUUGGUUGGAGAAGAAGCUCGAAGAAGUAAAGGAAAAGAAGAAAAAUGUGGAUAUUGGUAAGUCUUGUCUACAAAAAGUGGAGAGAACAUUGAAAUUCUUCAUAGAGAAGGCGAAUGUUCCUCUCUCGUUCGAUGAUGUUGUUUGA